GUUCUGUUGACUUCUUUGCUUGGGCUUCACUCGACACACGGUAGGGCGGCGAACCUCGCGCGCGGGGCACCAUGCAUGGACUCAUCCAUCUGGUCUUCAAGAACUUUGUGCUGGAAACCUGGGGUGAAGACGCCUGGAAGACGUGCCUCGAAAAGGCCAAGCUCGCUGAAGGCGGCUUGCUGGGGCAGAUUGGACACUCCGAUAGCGUCACGAUGGCACUCUUCAACGUGGUUUGUGAAUGCCAGGAGAUUCCUUCACCUGACUUGCUGGAACGAUUUGGGCAAUUCUUUCUGAAGCACGUUGUAGAGGAGGGCUACAUCACCUUUCUCCAUACCAUGGGACGAAGCUUAUCCGAGAUCGUCUCCAACAUCAACGUUCUCCACAAUGCUGUGCUGCGGGAGAAGAUGUCCUGCGUCUUUCCACAGAUCGAGGUGACACACAUCUCCGGGGACCCCGAGAUUGACCAGAGCUACGUCUUCCGCCUUUGCUAUGGAAGCACUCGCUAUGGUUUGGACGCCUUCCUCCUGGGCGUGCUGCGUGGCCUUGCCUUUAUCCUCUUCUACUCCACCAUCGAUGUGGAGGACACGUCGACCUCGGAGCCCGCCGACUUCACCAUGAUGCCAGUGCAAUCCUCUUGGCGAGUCACAGUUCACCGUCAAGAUCAGGGGAAAGGCCCCGAUCGAGUGGAGAAGAUCCGCAGCGAGUGCUCUUCCCGCGGCGAGUCGAAUCGCCGCGGCAGCUUCUUCGACUUUCACACGUUAAUGGCCUCCAUGUGGAGCUGCGUCUCCUGCGUGGACUCCGGUGCCGCCCACGGCCGGCCGAGUGGCGACGGUGUGUCCGAGCGUGGGCGGUCGUGGCCGACUGAGCUGCCAGACCUGGGUCCCGAAGUGCGAAGCAUCGUUUUAGACAAACAGGAAAACAUUGACAAAAUCUUGGAAUCUUAUACUCUCUCAGAGCAGAAGCAAUCCUACGACUCCUUAGUGAAAUCGCUCACGGGAACCGACCGCUUGCGACUGGCUGCCGUGCUCUUCCGGGGCAUUUGCGCCAGUCACGUGGCGGCCGGCUGGACCGAGUUGGAUCAACGGCCCGACGUGGUCGACUUCUGGGACAUCCAGGGCCAUGCCGAUAGCUGUGGGAACAUGCUGAAGAAGGUGAAUCAUCCGGAAAAAGAAGAAGGCUAUCGUACUUCGAAGGACUGGUUAGGCAGCGAAGAAAGCAUGGCCAAGUGUCGGCAGACGAACGGUCACAUCGUGUUCGUGUCGCACUGCUGGAACAAGCCGGUGGGUUGGGCCGAGACCAUGGCAAAGCAAACCAGCUUCCCGCAGACGAAAGCUGCAGAGCUUUGCUGCUAUGCUAAAGAUGCUUGCAGGAACCUGUAUGGGGAUGCCAGCACUUGGGGCAGCAUCGGCUUCUGGAUCGACAAGGCAUGCAUCCCCCAGGGUGAUCCAGACAUGAUGGCGCUCUGCGUCAAUUUGCUUGAAGAGUUUAUCGCUCUCUCUGAUGGGAUGAUCGUUUUGGCCUCCUGGAACUACUUCUCGAGGCUUUGGUGUGUCUACGAAUGGGUGUGUGGCUUGCUGAUCCAUAGCGCCAUGGAGAUUGAGAUCCUGGCAGAUCCCUUCAUUCGUGACUCCACCGUCGACACAUACCUGCUGUGCAUUCGCAACUUCAGCGUCGCCAAGUGCAACUGUAACAACGAGAGUGACCGGCAGACAUUGAUCGACAAGGUCCACGCCUACUACAAGUCGGUGGCAGACUUCGAGCGGUUUUUUCAAUGUUCGGUCAUCGUGUGUUUCUGCCGUUGCAUCGUGAAGCGACGCCUCAUGACACAGCGCGAGCAUGAAGUGCUGAAACCCUGGAGCGACCUCUCCAAGGCUUGUGGCUUCGAAGAAAUGGCCCUGCUAAUCCGCCAGCUCUCCAAGAGCCUUGCCAGGUUUCAAGAAGAGGCCCGGAACAGCAGCAACAGCGGGAGUAGCUUCGACGUCCAAGCAGCCUUCAGUUCCAAAGUGGACGAUUGGUUUAGCAACAACGUGGCGCCCUUGCUCUUCGCGGAGCAAGAGCAGGCCACGAACCACUUUGGGAUGACCUACAUCCGAAACCUGCGCACCUUGACGGACAACGCCAAGCACAGCUCACAGACUCUGAACGACUGGUUGGACUCCACAUCGGGUGGCCAGGGAGUCCUGCUUCGGAGCCACCGCAGGGCAUUGUAUUCUGCUGCGUUCAUUCCUGAAACUCCCCAGCCUUCGAGCAGCACGCUGGGCGGAUCCAUGAGGCCCUCUUCACUGCAACCCCUGCUGUCUCCCAACGUUUCCCAGGAGUUCCGGAGUCCCGUGGACACGGCCUUGGGUGAUUUCAUGAGGAGUGCGGCCCUCGAGACGUCACUCCUGAGAAGAUAAGGCGGCGAAGAGCCGGGCAAACAUCCUUCACAUUGUCGGCUGCUCCACAAGACGCGGUUUCAUCUCGCGGUUGGGGGGGGGUGUUGUUCAAGACGUGAGGUAUUCCUCAGAUGUGUCACUCAGCAGAACCUCUGAAGGAUCUUCCAGACUUGAGCUGGUGUUUCGAGCCCUGCGGAAGAGGAUUCCCCAUCUCCGCUCCCACCGGGAAAAACCGAGCCAUCCUGGCCCAGACACUCUCU